AUGCACCUCCGAAUCCUCAGUGUCUGCGUUGCUGCUCUUGGUGUUGUGCAUGCUGCACCAUUGAAUGGAACUGACAGUGGGCCAAGUUUCGAAGCCCGUAAUGAACCUAGUACCUCCAUCAUAGUGGUCGAAUUCAUCGGGCAGUAUGCUGGAGCUAAGCUCCGACAGCCAGCGUCUAAAUUCGAGUCGCCAAAACUUGAGGCAACGAUGCAAAGAGUAUUGGACCGGCAGGAAUCCUUCUACGGACGAAUGCCGCAUCCCAGAGAAUUCAAGAUUUUGAACAAGUUCAAAGAGGCGACAGGUCACUGGUACGAUACCACGUAUUUCGAGUGCAUCCCUUACAAGGAGACUGAUAUUGUCCCGUCGAACCUAGAAAUACGCGUAGAACGGUUAAGGAGCGUCAUGGAAAGUAGUAGCAGGUCCCAAACAGAACUUGCCCGGAAGACAAUUUACUUGUCUGAGGAUAACGCAGAUGUGCUAGUGACACGGGUCCCGGGAAGACGAGAUAGAGUUGUUUGA